GUCACUCGCCAGCGCGCCAUGCAAAUCACCGCCGCCGCCAGCUCCCAUUGGCCGCGGCGCGCUCAUUUAAUGGCAGCCCGGGCCCGGCGUAUGGCUGCUGGGCCCCCCGCGCCACCGGCCCCGCGUGCGCCUCCGCUCCGAGCGCACGGCCCCGGGCAGGCAGCGGACAGCUUGUCCUGGGCACAGCGGCCCCGCUCUCUGGCUCUCUGCUCGCGUUGGCACUCCCACCGCUGUCCCUAACCCCCUCACUGGCUGCACAGCGAUCGCCCCCUCCGAACCCCCCUCCGAGUCCCCCUCAGCGCCUGGCUCCCCCCAGGCACCUGGGACCAGCACAUGCCCAGCGCACGCGGCGCACCGCCUUGCUAGAAGUUGCGGCCCCAGAGUUGGAAGCCGCCAAGGAAGCCAGCACAGGAAGGAGUCUUCCAGUCGCCAAGAGGAGGCAGCGAACCCCGCGUCGGGCCCAGCGGCACCGCUUCAGACCCAGAAAGUGAAGCCUUAACUUGGCCACGACUGCACCUGUUUGCACAGCUCAGCCUUGAGCGACCGGACUGCGGCAGCGGCGACGGCAAUCAUCCUGGCCAUCGGCCUCUUUGGCAAGUGGUUUGUGCACCCGGAGAAACUUUCCACCUGCGAGCUGGACCCGCGCUAAGUGCGUGUGCUUUUGCCUCUUUUUUGUUGUGGCCUCCACCCAACCCCCUUCUCUCUGCUAGGCACCCACCCCACCCCCCAGUCUCUCUGGGCUGAUCCUCUCCCCACCCACCCACCCCCACCCGGCCGUCUAUGCUCCAGGCCCUCUCUUUGCGGUACCGGUGAACCCGCUAGCCGCCCAGAUGUACAGCAUGAUGAUGGAGACCGACCUGCACUCGCCCGGCGGCGCCCAGGCGCCCACGAACCUCUCGGGCCCGGCCGGGGCGGGCGGGGGCGGCGGCGGGGGCGGGGGCGGCGGCGGCGGCGGCGGGGGCACCAAGGCCAACCAGGAUCGGGUCAAGCGGCCCAUGAACGCCUUCAUGGUGUGGUCCCGCGGACAGCGGCGCAAGAUGGCCCAGGAAAACCCCAAGAUGCACAACUCAGAAAUCAGCAAGCGCCUGGGGGCCGAGUGGAAGGUCAUGUCCGAGGCCGAGAAGCGGCCGUUCAUCGACGAGGCCAAGAGACUGCGCGCGCUGCACAUGAAGGAGCACCCGGAUUACAAGUACCGGCCGCGCCGCAAGACCAAGACGCUGCUCAAGAAGGACAAGUACUCGCUGGCCGGCGGGCUGCUGGCGGCCGGAGCAGGUGGCGGCGGCGCGGCGGUGGCCAUGGGCGUGGGCGUGGGCGUCGGGGCGGCGGCCGUGGGCCAGCGCCUGGAGAGCCCGGGCGGCGCGGCGGGAGGAGGCUACGCGCAUGUCAACGGCUGGGCUAACGGCGCCUACCCCGGCUCGGUGGCCGCGGCGGCUGCGGCCGCGGCCAUGAUGCAGGAGGCACAGCUGGCCUACGGGCAGCACCCAGGCGCGGGCGGCGCGCACCCGCACGCGCACCCGGCGCACCCGCACCCGCACCAUCCGCACGCGCAUCCUCACAACCCGCAGCCCAUGCACCGCUACGACAUGGGCGCGCUGCAGUACAGCCCCAUCUCCAACUCUCAGGGCUACAUGAGCGCGUCGCCUUCGGGCUACGGCGGCAUCCCUUACGGUGCCGCGGCAGCCGCCGCCGCCGCUGCGGGCGGCGCGCACCAGAACUCGGCGGUGGCGGCCGCGGCGGCUGCGGCGGCCGCGUCGUCGGGUGCCCUGGGCGCCCUCGGUUCUCUGGUCAAGUCCGAGCCGAGCGGCAGUCCGCCGGCUCCGGCUCACUCGCGGGCGCCGUGCCCCGGGGACCUGCGCGAGAUGAUCAGCAUGUACCUGCCGGCCGGCGAGGGUGGCGACCCGGCGGCGGCUGCGGCUGCCGCGGCCCAAAGCCGGCUGCACUCGCUGCCACAGCACUACCAGGGCGCGGGCGCGGGCGUCAACGGCACGGUGCCCCUGACGCACAUCUAGCGCCGCGGGGACGCCGGGGACACUGCGGCUCAAGGCCGGCGCCCCGGCGACGAAGAGCGUGAGGCCUGUUCCCCAGCCUCCAGAGCCCCAGUUUGUACAGAUGUCUCCGCGCUCUAGUGAAAAAGACCGCUCUGGAGAGCCGAGCGCCAGGUGACAUCUGCCCCCCUCACCUUUCCCGGGACUCUGAGGCGCUGACACCAGACUGGCCUCUUAGACUGAACUUCCGUGUUUUCACGAGACCUUUUGUACAGUAUUUAUCGUCCGCAGAGGAGGCACACAGCGUUUUCUCGGCUCGGGAGGACAAAAGACAAAAACCCAGCGAGGCGAUGCCAACUUUUGUAUGACCGCCGGCUCUGUAACUUUUUCCGGGGUUUGCUUCCCGCCGGCUCUUCUGCCUGAGGCUGAGGGACGGACCUCGAGCCCUUCUCACUUGUUAUAAAUCUAGUAAGGCAGAUCCAACCACUUACGAGUUUUUUGUAGCUAUUACGGCUCUUUUGGGUUGGUUGGUUAAUUUAUACCGCAAUGCCCUCUCAGACGGUGGGGUUAUAUUCUGGGUUUUGUAAAACUCUGUAUCCGAGCAUUUGCAAUUUUUUUGUUUUGUUUUGUAUUAUUUCUUGUAAAGGAGUUGUGACAUUUUUAUUUUAGGCGUUGCGAUAUGGGACGGGAGAGGAGUCGGAUGUACAUAGCCUACAAGUCUUUCAUCUAAAAACGAAAAACAAAGAGAGAUCCCCCCCCCAAAAUGCAUCAAAUUUGAAUCAAUACAUUGAAGAGAGAAUAGCCGGUUUCCCUACGAAAUCGAAACGUGCUAAUUUUAUAUGCAUGUUUGUUUUUUUUUUUAGUUCAAAAUACAAUUAGAAAUCUGUUGGAGGAGAAAUUAUCAGGAUGGUCCAAGAGUAAGGAAGUCCCCGCCAAGCAGAGGGCAGCGUUUCCGUGGCUUUAGUCUGUGGGGAAAGAGAAAUCUAAACUCCAUAGAUUAUUUUGUAGAAUUGAAGUUGACACAGAAGGGAAGUAGUUACAAAAUACUUCCUAAUGGUUUAGCAUUUUAACUGCCCCCCCUGCAUAUUUUUGCAUUUCUUUCCAGUGUCUCUGCCCUUCACUCACUGUAGCAGUUUUGAGGCAGUUUGGUCUUGGAAGGAGAAAGGACAGUGCUCAGUAGUGAGACAAGGCCAAGGAUAGGGACAACCACCGACGCCAAGACAGCGUGCCUUUGAUUUCUUUGUAAUUGAAAUUGUAAGUGAAAUGAUCUUCCUGCGGUUCAAAAAAGCAAUCCUAACCCAGCCGGCACCGCCAGAGUCUCUCACCCAGGUCUUAUCCCAGCCCUCCCGCUCUUCCUCUCUGGGAAAAUAAUUUUACCGAUUUUCUUACGUACACCCACCACCCCCUCUCCUGUGUGAACCGAGAUGCAGGUCGCUGGGGAUGUAAACACAAAGUGCCCGUGUUUAUCAUUCCUGACCAGACCUUGAGGUUGUUUGAUGCUUUAAAUAUUUUUAAUUAUAUUUUUUCUAGGUGUUUAUUGGUAUAUUGCAGGUCCCCCCCCCCCCGGAAUUUAAAGUUUCCUGUAAAACUUUGUCUUCAAGUAACCUGACAGCAUUAAAUAUUGCAUUUAAAAGUUACACUGUAGCAAAUAUGUUUUAAAAUCAAUCACAACAUUAGAAUGACAUUCUAUUUUUGAAGGAAAUUUUCUUUACGUCCAGAUGGGGAACCAUACUAUAUUUUCAGCAUCCUUUCCCCUCAUUUUCCCCCCAAUUUCUUUUCUUGGAAUGAAUGUGGACUGGCCGUUAAAAGUGGACUUAAUCUAUCAAUUCAGUAAAACCUGGGCUCAGCCUACAUUGGAGACUAUCUUUCAGUAUAAAUGCUAACAUUACAAGUGACACGUGUGAUUUUUUUAAAGUCCUUUUUUUAUGAUUUUGCUUAAACCCAUCAUUCCUUAAAGUGAUUGAAAGAGAUUCAAGAAUGACGCCCACUGCUUUCUGAUGAGGUAGUAAAAGAACAACCCCCCCUUUUUU